AUGUGUCAGGUUUACGGUAAUUGUCGGCAUUUCGGUAUCGCCCAAUCGCACCUCGUACGAGACCAAUUUGAUAGUUUACAUAAAAAUCAACGAAACAAAAGGUAUUAUGAUGCAUUUGACGAUAAUUUUGGACAAAUCAAAGAGCCAUUGGACGAACAAUCAGGGAAGAAAGAUGAUCCAUGUCUCAACAAACCAUUGUGGUAUUUAAAAUACCAAGCAAGAUUGGGAAAAUUAUCACCAUUUUAUGACUGUUUACAAGCAUAUAAAUAA